CAGGAAGGAAGGAAGCGAAGCAUUGCAAAGAAAAGGAAAAAAAAAAAAAGAGCACUUGGACUUCUCUCCACUACUCCGUGCGCUAUGGCUGUGUAGCAGACCCCCCCGGGACGGUGCAGGGGACGAAGGUCGCAGUGGCAGUGCCGCGGGUUGGGUGGCGCUUGCGGGCGCGGGGCGCGGAGAUGGAGCGGUGGUCCUCGAGGUGGAGAACGAAGCGGUGGCUCUGGGAUUUCCCCAUCACCGCCUUGGCGCUGGCGGUCCUCAUCCAGACCGGAGGGGUCAGAGGAGCUGCUCCAGUUGAUGUACUAAAAGCUCUAGAUUUCCACAAUUCUCCAGAAGGAAUAACAAAAACAACAGGCUUUUGCACAAACAGAAAGAAUUCAAAAGGCUCUGAUACUGCUUACAGAGUUUCAAAACUGGCACAAAUCAGUGCCCCAACGAAGCAAUUAUUUUCAGGAGGAACUUUUCCAGAAGAUUUUUCAAUAUUAUUUACAGUAAAACCCAAGAAAGGAAUUCAGUCUUUCCUUUUAUCUAUCUAUAAUGAGCAUGGUAUUCAACAAAUUGGUGUUGAGGUUGGGAGAUCGCCUGUUUUCCUUUAUGAAGACCACACUGGAAAACCAGCCCCUGAAGAUUACCCCCUCUUCAGAACUGUUAAUAUUGCAGAUGGAAAGUGGCACCGGGUAGCAAUCAGCGUGGAAAAGAAAACAGUAACAAUGAUUGUUGAUUGUAAGAAGAAAUCCACAAAGCCACUUGGCAGAAGUGAGAGAGCAAUUGUUGACACCAAUGGAAUUACAGUUUUUGGCACGAGGAUUUUGGAUGAAGAAGUUUUUGAGGGAGACAUCCAACAGUUGCUGAUCACAGGGGACCCCAGAGCUGCCUACGACUACUGUGAGCAUUACAGCCCGGACUGUGACUCCUCGGCACCCAAGGCCUCUCAGGCCCAGGAACCUCAGACCGACGAGUAUGCUCCUGAGGAAAUAAUGGAAUAUGACUAUGAGUAUGGGGAAUCAGAAUAUAAGGAGGCUGAGAGUGUGACUGAGAGAGCCCCAGUAACUGAGGAGACGAUAGCACAGACGGAGGCAAAUACCAUUGAUGAUUUUCAAGAAUACAACUAUGGAACGAUGGGAAGUUACCAGACAGAAGCUCCUAGGCGCGUCUCUGGAUCAAAUGAGCCAAAUCCAGUUGAAGAGGUAUUUACGGAAGAAUAUCUAACUGGAGAGGAUUAUGGUUCCCAGAGGAAAAAUUCCGAGGAUACGCUAUAUGAAAACAAAGGAAUAGACGGCAGGGACUCUGAUCUGCUAGUAGAUGGAGAUUUAGGUGAAUAUGACUUUUAUGAAUAUGAAGAUAAGCCAACAAGUCCUACUAAUGAAGAAUUUGGUCCAGGUGUUCCAGCAGAAACUGAUUUCACAGAAACAAGCGUAAAUGGACAUGGUGCUUAUGGAGAAAAGGGACAGAAAGGAGAGCCAGCAGUAGUGGAACCUGGUAUGCUCGUAGAAGGACCCCCAGGACCAGCAGGACCAGUGGGUCAUAUGGGUCCUCCUGGUCUGCAGGGCCCCACUGGACCCCCUGGUGACCCUGGAGAGAGGGGUCCCCCAGGUCGUCCUGGCUUACCUGGGGCUGAUGGCCUACCUGGUCCGCCUGGUACCAUGUUGAUGUUACCGUUCCGUUAUGGUGGUGAUAGUUCCAAAGGACCUACUCUCUCCGCGCAGGAGGCCCAGGCCCAGGCGAUUCUCCAGCAGGCUCGGAUUGCUCUGAGAGGUCCACCUGGACCAAUGGGUUUAACUGGAAGACCAGGGCCAGUGGGGGGGCCAGGUUCUUCUGGGGCCAAAGGUGAGAGUGGUGAUCCAGGUCCUCAGGGUCCUCGUGGUGUUCAAGGACCACCUGGUCUAACCGGAAAGCCUGGAAAGAGGGGUCGUCCAGGGGCUGAUGGAGGAAGAGGCAUGCCAGGAGAACCCGGGGCCAAGGGAGAUCGAGGCUUCGAUGGGCUUCCAGGCCUGCCAGGGGAUAAGGGCCACCGCGGUGAACGUGGACCCCAAGGUCCUCCUGGUCUGCCUGGUGAUGAUGGGAAAAGGGGAGAAGAUGGAGAAAUUGGACCAAGAGGUCUUCCAGGUGAAGCUGGCCCAAGAGGUUUGCUGGGACCCAGAGGAACACCAGGACCCACAGGGCAACCUGGCAUUGCUGGUAUAGAUGGACCCCCUGGACCAAAAGGAAACAUGGGCCCUCAAGGGGAGCCCGGACCUCCAGGGCAGCAGGGCAACCCUGGACCUCAAGGACUUCCUGGUCCUCAAGGUCCAAUUGGUCCUCCUGGUGAAAAGGGACCACAAGGCAAAUCAGGUCUUGCUGGACUUCCCGGUGCUGAUGGUCCUCCUGGCCAUCCUGGAAAAGAAGGACAGUCUGGAGAAAAGGGCGCUCUGGGUCCUCCUGGUCCACAGGGGCCUAUUGGCUACCCUGGUCCCAGAGGAGUAAAGGGAGCAGACGGUGUCAGGGGUCUCAAGGGCUCUAAAGGCGAAAAGGGUGAAGAUGGUUUUCCAGGAUUCAAAGGAGAUAUGGGGCUUAAAGGUGACAGAGGAGAAGUUGGUCAAUUAGGUCCAAGAGGAGAAGACGGUCCUGAAGGCCCAAAAGGUCGGGCAGGUCCAAGUGGAGAUCCUGGUCCUUCUGGUCAAGCAGGAGAGAAGGGGAAGCUUGGCGUUCCAGGAUUACCAGGAUAUCCAGGAAGACAAGGUCCAAAGGGGUCCACUGGAUUUCCUGGGUUUCCUGGUGCUAAUGGAGAGAAAGGUGCUCGGGGCAUUGCUGGCAAGCCAGGUCCUCGGGGGCAGCGUGGGCCAACGGGUCCGAGAGGGUCAAGAGGAGCGAGAGGUCCCACAGGGAAACCUGGUCCAAAGGGCACCUCGGGUGGCGAUGGUCCUCCUGGCCCUCCUGGUGAAAGAGGACCUCAAGGACCUCAGGGCCCAGUUGGAUUCCCUGGACCAAAAGGCCCUCCUGGACCCCCUGGGAAGGAUGGACUUCCAGGUCAUCCUGGGCAACGUGGAGAAACAGGAUUUCAAGGAAAGACAGGCCCUCCUGGGCCGGGGGGUGUUGUUGGACCACAGGGACCCACUGGCGAGACAGGUCCAAUAGGUGAACGUGGACAUCCUGGCCCUCCUGGGCCUCCUGGAGAGCAAGGUCUUCCCGGAGCGGCAGGGAAAGAAGGUGCAAAGGGUGACCCUGGUCCUCAAGGUGUCUCAGGAAAAGACGGACCAGCUGGACUCCGUGGCUUUCCAGGUGAAAGAGGACUUCCAGGAGCUCAGGGUGCUGCAGGACUGAAAGGAGGGGAGGGUCCCCAGGGCCCACCAGGUCCAAUUGGCUCACCAGGAGAACGAGGGUCAGCAGGUUCUGCUGGUCCAAUUGGUUUGCCAGGGCGUCCGGGACCCCAGGGCCCUCCUGGUCCAGCUGGAGAGAAAGGUGCCCCUGGAGAAAAGGGUCCUCAAGGCCCAGCUGGGAGAGAUGGAAUACAAGGUCCGGUGGGGCUCCCAGGGCCUGCUGGUCCAGCCGGUUCCCCUGGAGAAGAUGGAGACAAGGGUGAAAUUGGUCAACCAGGGCAAAAAGGCAGCAAAGGUGACAAAGGAGAAAAUGGUCCUCCUGGUCCCCCCGGACUUCAAGGACCUGUUGGCGCCCCGGGAAUUGCAGGAGGAGAUGGUGAGCCGGGUCCCAGAGGACAGCAGGGGAUGUUUGGUCAGAAAGGAGAUGAGGGUGCCAGAGGCUUCCCAGGUCCUCCCGGCCCCGUAGGCCUUCAGGGUCUUCCAGGCCCACCUGGUGAAAAGGGUGAAAAUGGUGAUGUUGGUCCUAUGGGUCCGCCUGGCCCUCCAGGCCCAAGAGGUCCCCAAGGUCCAAACGGAGCCGAUGGACCACAAGGGCCUCCGGGAUCUGUUGGCUCAGUGGGAGGCGUUGGAGAAAAGGGUGAACCAGGAGAAGCUGGGAACCCAGGGCCUCCCGGAGAAGCAGGCACUGGCGGUCCCAAAGGAGAAAGAGGAGAGAAAGGAGAAGCUGGUCCCCCUGGGGCUGCUGGCCCUCCUGGUGCUAAGGGACCCCCAGGUGAUGAUGGUCCUAAGGGUAACCCGGGUCCUGUUGGUUUCCCUGGAGAUCCUGGUCCCCCUGGUGAGCCUGGCCCUGCAGGUCAAGAUGGUGUUGGUGGUGAUAAAGGAGAAGAUGGAGACCCUGGGCAGCCGGGUCCUCCUGGCCCCUCUGGUGAGGCUGGUCCACCGGGUCCCCCUGGGAAAAGAGGUCCGCCUGGAGCUACAGGUUCAGAGGGAAGACAAGGCGAAAAGGGCGCUAAGGGUGAAGCAGGUGCUGAAGGUCCUGUUGGAAAAACUGGCCCCGUUGGUCCUCAGGGGCCCGCAGGGAAGCCGGGUCCCGAAGGACUUCGGGGCAUCCCUGGUCCUGUGGGGGAGCAAGGUCUCCCUGGAGCUGCUGGCCAAGACGGACCACCUGGGCCCAUGGGCCCUCCUGGCUUGCCUGGUCUCAAAGGUGAUCCUGGAUCCAAGGGUGAUAAGGGACACCCUGGUUUAAUUGGCUUGAUUGGUCCUCCAGGAGAGCAGGGUGAAAAGGGCGACAGGGGUCUGCCUGGAACUCAAGGGUCUCCAGGAGCAAAGGGAGAUGGGGGAAUUCCAGGGCCUGCUGGUCCUAUCGGUCCUCCUGGUCCUCCAGGUUUACCAGGUCCUCAAGGUCCAAAGGGUAACAAAGGCUCUACUGGACCUGCUGGCCAGAAGGGUGAUGGUGGUCUUCCUGGGCCCCCAGGGCCUCCGGGCCCACCUGGUGAAGUCAUUCAGCCUUUACCGAUUUUGUCACCAAAAAAAACAAGAAGACAUGCUGAAAGCAUGCAAGCAGAUGCAAACGAUAAUAUUCUUGACUACUCAGACGGGAUGGAGGAAAUAUUUGGUUCUCUCGAUGCCCUGAAACAAGACAUUGAACAUAUGAAAUUUCCAAUGGGCACUCAGACCAACCCAGCUCGGACCUGCAAAGAUCUGCAGCUCAGUCAUCCCGACUUCCCAGAUGGUGAAUAUUGGAUUGACCCUAAUCAAGGCUGCUCAGGGGACUCCUUCAAAGUUUACUGUAAUUUCACAUCUGGUGGCGAGACUUGCAUUUAUCCAGACAAAAAAUCUGAGGGAGUAAGAAUUUCAUCAUGGCCAAAGGAGAAACCGGGAAGCUGGUUUAGUGAAUUUAAGAGAGGAAAACUGCUUUCAUACUUGGAUAUUGAAGGCAAUUCUAUUAAUAUGGUGCAAAUGACAUUCCUGAAACUGCUGACUGCCUCCGCACGGCAAAAUUUCACCUACAACUGUCAUCAGUCAGCAGCCUGGUAUGAUGCGUUAACAGGAAGUUAUGACAAAGCUCUUAGAUUUCUGGGAUCGAAUGAUGAGGAGAUGUCCUAUGAUAACAGCCCUUACAUCAAAGCAUUAUAUGAUGGCUGUGCUUCCAGAAAAGGAUAUGAAAAGACUGUGAUUGAAAUCAACACACCAAAAAUUGAUCAAGUACCUAUAGUCGAUGUAAUGAUCAAUGACUUUGGUGAUCAGAAUCAAAAGUUUGGAUUUGAAGUUGGUGCUGUUUGUUUUCUUGGCUGAGAUUAGGACAAAGAAAAUAUGAAUUCAACAGAAAAUAUACUUUGGUGCCACCAAUCCAUUUUAUGCCACAUGCAAGGUUUAAAUAAGAAUGGUAUAGAAAACAACUUGCUACAUAUAUAUAUACAUAGAUAUGUAUAUACAUAUCUAUGUGUAUAUAUAGGUAUUAGGGAAUAUCAAUGCUCUUGUGGGAGCUAUGUGAUAUUAUAAAAGCUUUGAAAAUCAAGAAAAAUAUAAGGUAGUGUGGCUGAGAUGGAAAAGGAACUAAUUCUUGAAGUCUAGUUUUUAAUUCAUCCUUUUUUCUAUUUGGAUUUCUUUGGUGCUGUAGAGAAAAAAAGAAAAAAUAUAUAUUCAUAAAAGGUAUGGUGCUCAUUUCCAUCCAUUAUGGAUGUGCUAAAACAGUGUGUUUAAUAAAUUGUAAUUAUUUUAUGUACAGUUCUAUACUGUUAUCUGUGUCCAUGUCUCAAACUUGCACAUGUUUCUGAAUUCAUCUGACUUUAAUUUUAUGACAAUUGCAGAACUAUGAUGGCAAUAAAUAUAUGUAUUAUUAAAAAUAAUUUCUGAUGAUUCUAAUUCCCUUUCUUUGAUUAAUAAUAAAGCGCCUUUGUAUAUAUUGAUGUUGAAGAGUUGAAUUAUUUGAUGUCUCCAACAAAUUUCUCAGAGGGCAUAAAUCUGGAAGACUUUGGAAGCAUCCCGGUCAACACUUCUCUACUGACAUUAGCUUUGCUGAACUUCAGCCAAAAAUACCAUGCAUUUUAAUGUUAUAUUUAAUGCUAUACCUCAAAGUUUUCUUUUCAGAGUCCAGGAUAUCACAGGAUACUUGUAUAAAUGGACAGGGAAUUGUAUAUGAGAAGCCAUUUGAUACAUUUAUGAUUCCAUCAAAUAAUCAUAUGUACACGUUUUUGAUAGCUUGCUACUGUCAGCAUGCUUCAGUCAUACAGAUUAAUAUUAAAAGAUGGAAACUUAGAGGUUAUUUAUGAAUUUGUUCAGUGUUUUAUUUUAAUCCACCAAGUUCUUCAAUUUGAUUCUAAGUUGCAUUUUAUAAUAAUCUAAAAUAUUUAACCUGCAACUUCCCAACAAGUUAUACAUCUUUCUUUCAACAUAAUAUUAUAUACAUUAUCUGACGUACCUUCAUUGCUGAAUAAUAUAUGGUGUACUGUCACUAACAGUGCUUAUUUAAAGAGUCAUACAUUUUGAAAAUAAUCAAAACAUUUAUUUUGACCAAGGUAUUUUCUUUCAGGGAAUAGCAAUAAUAUUUUAAACUAUUAAAUUGAUCUUUGUAUCUAUUUAAAUAAUAUAUGUAAGAUUUGAAGAUGAAUGUUUAAUUAUUUCUUUUUUUGAAGUGAUAAAUUAAUUUGAUUAUAGAUUCCAACUGGUACAGUUUCAACUGAUAACUAUUCACCAAAAAUGAGCAUACCUGUAAUAUUGACAGUAAAACGUGAACGUUUGUCAUUCGAAAGUUCUUUAAUUUUGAAAUCGAGUUUGUAUAUGUCCUUUCAAGAAGGCAGA